AGCCGCCGCCUGGCUCCAUCACACACAGACACAGUUAACUCACUGUUUUCGCGGAUUCGCUAAGCAACUGAAAGAACACACACACAGUGUAGGCGUGCACUCACCUCGCCGCCGCACUACUGAUUUAUUCGAAAAUUGUAAUGCACUGAAGAAUGGGAAUACCAGCAUUCUAUAGAUGGUUAACGGAGAAGUAUCCGCUUAUAACUGCCGACGUCAUGGAAGAAACGCCGCUUUUAAUCAACGGCGUUUCUGUCCCACUCGACACUUCCUGCCCUAACCCUAACGGUAUCGAGUUCGACAAUCUCUAUCUUGACAUGAAUGGAAUCAUUCACCCUUGUUUCCAUCCCGAAGGACUGCCGCCUCCGACUACAUACGAGGAGGUUUUCGCUGCGGUUUUCAAGUACAUUGAUAGGAUCUUCUCCAUUGUCAGGCCUCGAAAACUCCUUUUCAUGGCUAUUGAUGGUGUUGCUCCGCGAGCUAAGAUGAAUCAGCAGCGGUCGAGGCGUUUUAGGGCUGCUAGAGAUGCUGCUGAUCAAGCCUUAUCUAUAGAGACGGAUGGUGGGAUUGUCCCUGAAUCAGAGGAAGGGAACUUGGAGCAGGUGAAGAAACUUGACUCGAAUGUAAUUACACCUGGAACUGAGUUUAUGGAUUUGUUGUCGUCAGCUCUUCAUUAUUACAUACGCUUGAGGAUGAAAGAGGAUUUGGGAUGGCGAGGAAUAAAGGUCAUUCUUUCUGAUGCUAAUGUGGCCGGUGAAGGAGAGCAUAAGAUAAUGUCAUACAUCCGCUUGCAAAGGAAUCUACCGGGUUUUGAUCCAAAUACACGGCAUUGUUUAUAUGGAUUGGAUGCGGAUUUGAUUAUGCUCGCGUUGGCUUCUCAUGAAAUUCAUUUCUCGAUUCUAAGAGAGGAUCUUGGAAAUGCAAGCACAGGCGGUAAAUCUUCAAAAGAAAAACAUAGACUAAUGAAGCGCCGAAAAUUAAAUGGGGAUUCAGAUCAAGUAGGAAAGUUUGCUGAGAAUAUAGAAAACCAUAUCUCGGGGAUGAAGUUUCAGUUUCUCAAUGUUUGGAUCUUGAGGGAGUAUUUAGCAUAUGAUUUGAGAAUACCAGACACAACAUUGAAAGUAGACCUGGAGCGUGUGAUUGAUGAUUUUGUCUUCAUGUGUUUGUUUGUUGGAAAUGAUUUUCUGCCACACAUACCAUCACUGGAGAUAUCCGAGGGGGCUAUCGAUUUGCUCAUGACAGUUUACAAAAAGGAAUUUGCUCAGAUGGGUGGUUACCUAACAAAUUCUUUUGAGAUAAACCUGAUUCGUGUGGAGCACUUUGUACAAGCUCUAGGUUCUCAUGAAAGCGCAAUCUUUAGAAGACGCAACCAGAUGCAAAAAGAAAGAGAGAUACGUUUCCAACGCAUAUCAAAACGUCAGCAAGCAUUUCAUUCAUCAAAAUCAUUGUUUGAAGAUGGUGUAUCUGAAAGUUCCAAAUCUUCUGUGAAGCUGGAAACGGCUCCUCUCAGUCAAAAUCGACAAAAUCCCCGAAGCGUGGCCAUUAAGGAAUCAAAUCACUUCUCCAAUGGCACAAGUGCUGUAGUUGACAAGAUUAAAUUGGGAGAUGAGGGUUGGAAGGAAAGAUACUACGCAGAAAAGUUUGAGGCAAAGAGUGAAGAUGAGCGUGAUACCAUUAGGAGAAAUGCGGUUUUCAAAUAUGUAGAAGGGAUUUGUUGGGUCAUGCGUUACUACUAUGAAGGAGUCUGCUCCUGGCAAUGGUUCUACCCUUAUCAUUAUGCACCAUUUGCCUCGGAUUUCUAUGGCUGUGAUCAGUUAGAAAUUCACUUCACACUUGGGGAACCUUUCAAGCCAUUUGAUCAAUUAAUGGCAGUGUUGCCUGCUGCGAGUGCACAUGCUCUUCCUUUGUUUUACAGGAAAUUGAUGAUAGAUGCAUCAUCACCAAUAUUGGAUUUUUACCCUACUGAUUUUGAGCUUGAUAAUAAUGGGAAGCGUUUUUCCUGGCAGGCUAUUUGCAAAUUACCAUUCAUCGAAGAGUCCCGCCUUGUUUCAGAGAUCACAAAAGUGGAGCACACAUUGACAGAUGAGGAGAGACGGAGAAACCGUUUGGGUUAUGAUGUCCUGUGUGUUCAUGUUUCACAUCCUUUGGCAGUUAAGGUAAUUUCUCUGUUCGAGUGCAAAGAUCAGUCAGCUCUGCCAACAGCUAAUGGCAAAUUGAAAAUUGAUCCAAAAAUCAGUGGUGGAAUGAAUGGAUACAUUUACAUUUCUGAGAAACCUGAAUGGCCUCUUGGGAUAUUUUCACCAAUUGAUGGCAUGCUGAUGAUAGCGAGUGAACAAGUGAUAUCAGUGUUCUAUGAAUACCCUCCAUUUCAUUCCCAUAUUCCAAGGCUACCAGAAGGAGUUAUCUUGCCUAACAAGUCUGUGACCAAGUGCAAUAUUUUGCAUGCACAUCAUUUAUGGCAUGAGCCAGCUAUUCCUGGUUCUAUAUCUUCUAAAAGACAAAUCCCCAAGUCUAUCUCAGGCCCUCAACUGGCAGAAUUGGCUCAUCGACUUGUGUCAGAAUAUAGUUCUUCAAAGCACCUGGACUUCCACAGAUGUGCUGAACGUGGGUUACCUCUGGAUGCUGCUAGAAUGGGAGAAACGAGAACACAAGUCCAGCCCAGGAAAAGGAAACGAGGUCAACGCAAUAAAAACUGCCUUGAUGGUAGAUCUAAAGAAAGUCAAGUGGGUAAAGGUGAUUUUGUCCCUAUCAACAAUGUCAAGAAUAUGGAGAGUUCUACUCUCAGGCAACAGGGGGAAAGCUGUGGUGGUUAUGUCAGUGCUGGAGUGGAUGAAAUUAAAAUAGAAAAAUCUAAAAAGAGGAAAAGGAGUUCUAAGAACAGAAAAUGUAAGGAAGGUGCGGAAAGUGCUGGUAUACCCGAUGGUGUUCAGAAGCUGGAAAUAAGCAUUCAAGAGCAGAGAAACAGUGAUCAUACUUCUGGAGGUGCAGAUGGAGAAAAUGAUUACAAAGAAGAAAAAUCUAGGAAAAGAAAAUCCAGAAAAAGAAAUAAGAAAGGGAAUCAGAAUGAUGGUGAUGCUGUCCAAAACAAAAAUGCUGAGAAAUUGGGGUGCUGUAACCACCACAUCAGCGAACUACAAAGUUGCAUUCUUCAGGAGCAGAGCGGAGGGGAUGUUCAUGCAGGUGGAGAUGUGGCAUUGGAGUUGAAAACAGAGGUGGAAUCCAAGAAAAGGAGAAAGAUCGAAGCUGAUGGCUUCCUAAUUAACAAUGUUGAAAAAUUGGAGAGUUGUUCUCCCAUGGAACAAAGAGGAGGUGACAGUAAACUCACAAAUGCUGAUGGAUUGGACGCAACCAGUAACCCUGUCCCAAAUAACAAUCAUCAGGAAUUGGAGGAUGGGGCAUUGGAAUUGAAAAAGGAGUUGAAAUCCAAGAAAAAGAAACGAAGAUCUAGGAAAAGGAGAAAGAUUGAAGCUGAUGGCGUCUUAAUUAACAAUGUUGAAAAAUUGGGGAGUUCUCCCAUGGAACAAAGAGGAGGUGACAGUAAACUCACAAAUGCUGAUGGAUUGGACGCAACCAGUAACCCUGUCCCAAAUAACAAUCAUCAGGAAUUGGAGGAUGGGGGAUUGGAAUUGAAAAAGGAGUUGAAAUCCAAGAAAAAGAAACGAAGAUCUAAGAAAAGGAGAAAGAUUGAAGCUGAUGGCGUCUUAAUUAACAAUGUUGAAAAAUUGGGGAGUUCUCCCAUGGAACAAAGAGGAGGUGACAGUAAACUCACAAAUGCUGAUGGAUUGGACGCAACCAGUAACCCUGUCCCAAAUAACAAUCAUCAGGAAUUGGAGGAUGGGGCAUUGGAAUUGAAAAAGGAGUUGAAAUCCAAGAAAAAGAAACGAAGAUCUAAGAAAAGCAGAAAGAUUGAAGCUGAUGGCGUCUUAAUUAACAAUGUUGAAAAAUUGGGGAGUUCUCCCAUGGAACAAAGAGGAGGUGACAGUAAACUCACAAAUGCUGAUGGAUUGGACCCAACCAGAUGCCCUGUCCCUGAUAAAAUCAAUCAGGAAUUGGAGGGUUCUGGUCUUCAGGAACAGAUAGAACACUUUGACCAUUCAGGUGCAAAUGAGGUGGAAAUAAAACCAGAAGUCAAAUCCAAAAGGAAGAAACGGAGGUCUAAGAAAAAGCGGCAGAUAGAGCUUAUUGUCCCACCUAAUGAUCCUCCAAAUUCGCAGUCUGGUCUUCCUGGAAAACAGGGAACUUUUGACAGCAACCAUAUAGGUGUGGGUGGGUUGGAAAUGAAAACAGAAGUCUAACCCAGGAAGAGGAAAUGCAGACCAGAAAAUAGGGAGACAGAGCAGGUGAUAUUGUCUCAAAUUAUGGCGUUGAGAACUUGGAUCGUCUUUUUCUUGGUAAACAAGGAAGAGAUGGUGAUCAUGGAGGUGCAGGUGUGGUGCCCCAAAUAUUACUUUCUGUAAUUGAACAGUAUUGUUCCGAGGAACAGGUCGGAGAAAUUGAGAUAUUCGAUUUUGCGUCUUCAUGGCAAGGCAAACCUCUGUAGGCUUUGAAGGAAAUAAAGAAGAGAAGGGUGGCCUCAUUUCAAAGUUGCAACAUUAAUAUCUCGUUCAAAUUAUAUCUACAACUUUGUUGUUCAAAGUAGCCUUGUAAUUCUUUGAGAGAGUCCUUGCAAUUGUUUUUUAAAAUAUUUUUUAUUUAAAAAUACAUUAAACAA